AUGAUUCAAGAAUUGGAUACUUUAUUAACUCAAGAUGAAAUUCAAUUAGAUAUUGAAGAAAUUAUUUUAAAAAAUAAAGAUAAUAAAAUUAAAGGAUGGAAAGAUUCAAUGAAUUAUUUAUAUAAUUUUUCAAUUAAAAGUGGAUAUAUUCAAGAGGAGAGAUUAAAAUUAAAUAUAAUAUUACCAUUAUUUUAUAAACAUCAAUAUGAUAUUGGAUUUCAAGUUACAAUCAAUUGUUCAAAACCAGAGAUUAUAGUUGGACAAGUGGUUGGAGCAGCUCAUUAUUCAAAUUUUGAAGGAGAAUGUGUAAUUUGUUUUGAAAAUGUUGGAUCAGAGAAAAGAAAAGGAUUAAGAGCAUAUGAAUUCAAAUGUAAUCAAUCAAUACUAUUUAGACAAUUUCCACCCUAUCCAUACUUUAACUAUCAUAAUAUCAUAAUUGAUAAAAAGCAUACACCGCAAAUUCUAUCAAGAAAUACAAUCAUUGAAAUGUUAGAAAUGAGUGAAUCAAUGCCAUCCUAUAAAAUAGCUUCAAAUACUGAUCGUGUUGGUACUGGUGCAACCAACUUAGCUCAUAGACAUUUUCAAGCUGGUGAUCAUGACUUUACUGUCUUUUAUGCGAAACCUUUAAAAGAAUUUAAAAUUAACAAUGGCGAUAUAACAGUUCAAUGGUUAAAUUACCCAUGUUGUUGUUUAAAAAUUAUUGGUGAAAAUAAAAAAUUAGUUGAAGAAAUUGUUUUUAAAUUAUUUAAUUCUUGGAGAAAUGGGACUUUUGAAACAUUGGAUGUGUCACUUCAAACUUGUUCGUUGAUGUCUACUUUAAAUAUUAAGAAUAACAAUUACGAAUUUUUAAUAUUUCCACGUAAUGCUCAACAACCAAGAUUUUUAACAAGCUCAACUUUACAAUGUAUUAAAAAAGAAUUUGUUGGUAUAUUUGAAUUAUGUGGUUUUGCAAUUUUACCUGGUAGAUUAAAAGAACAAUUACUUCAAUUAAAUUCAAUUUUAACUUUAAAUGAAAAUCAAUUAAAUGAUCAAUUAAAAGAGAAAUUAAAUCAAUUUGGUUUCAUUGAAUUCUAUGAUUGGUUAUCAGAAUAUUAUUUCAAUGGUUUUGAUAAUAGUAAAUCAAUUUAUGAUAAUCUAACAUUUGCUUUACAAAAAUCAUUUUUAAUAAUUUUAUCUGAUAAUUCUCCAAUUAAAUUAAAUCAAUUUGAAUUAUUAAAUUCUUGGAUUGAACAAUCAAAAAUUUUAGAAUAA